AUGACAAAGCUAGCCAAUAGAUCCUCCGUAAGCAAGAAGUCGUCCUAUGAGAAAGCGGCGGGUGCGGCUCCUGUAGUUAGCUCGGCUGGUGAGACCCCACAUAGCCAGGUUAGACCCCUUGGAGGCCUGGUGAGACCCUACGGAGCCCUCGUGCUGGCGAGAACCCACAGCGCCCUGGUUUCGCCUAAGGCCUCGCAAACUCUAAAGCCGCCUCUGGUGGAAGUGUUCACUGUCUGCCAAGAGCUGUGUCAGCCGCUGUGCAGCUUUAACACACUUGGGAAAGUGCUUCAAAUGCAUUACAGUGAAGUAGGAGAUAAUUUGGUUACCAUCGAAGAGAAAAAUAACAUUUCCUCUCUGCGGACAUAUGUGAACUGGAGAUGCCAGUCUACAGGGAGCUCCCGUGUCAGUGUGCGAAUGGUCGGUCUCCAAUUAGAUACCCUCCCUCCUACCGCGGCCAAAGACCAGAUGGAGAUUAUAGAGAUGCCUCUCUCUGAGAAUCCUCUCCGUCUCUCAUGUUGUCCUGUGCGUGGAGAUCUCCUGGUUGGAUGCAAGAGCAAGCUAGUGGUUUUUAGCAUGAAGUUCAUCUCCGUUCAUGGCAUACCAGUGUUAGAUUUUGACAGAUCGCUGGUUUUACACGUUUCUGGAAUUGUGCCAACUGAGGUGUAUUUUUGUGCCAACUUUGUCAGCAUAAUGAGUGAGCUAGAAGUUCUUGUGUUUAGACUGACAUCUGAAUACCAAGAGGCAUUGCCAGAUAUAUCCACUGCUAUUCGGGAUGUGGGAAAACUGCCAGAGAAAGAUGGGUUCGGGCACAUCCCUGAAGCGAGCGAAGAUCAUCAUCAACAGGUCAAGGAUGCAGAUGACGAAAGUUCCUUAUCCUGUAAAACCAGAACCACAUCAUCCAUUUUGUGUUCCAGCAGAUCUGUACGGGAGCCGAGCUCCCUGAUUUCCCUUUGGAGGAGUCCUGAGCUUCAGCAAAGGACGGGGAAGAUGGAGGAUCUGAGGAUGCACGUGGCGGCAGCACCAUAUUGGAGUCGUGGAAGUUUGCAGAGGGAGGCCUCCUGGUCUAAUCUUAGCUUUUAG